AUGGAUCCAAGUACAUCGCCGUCAGGGAAAAGCGUACAAUAGCAGAUGCACAAAAAUACUGUUUACAUAAAUAUCAAAGUGGUACAUUGGAUAGUUUUACCGAUCUAUCUGACAAGCAAGAACUUACUGAGCUAUUGCAAGCAGAGCGACGUGUACAGGUUUAUUACUACUGGACAGGCCUGAAAAGAAAGAGAGAGAGUGGAAGUUGCCCAUGCAGUAAUGAACAAUGUACUAAAGUUGCCAAAGGCAAAGAAGGACCUAAUUCAAUUUUUUUAUCUAAUGAAUGUUUUGUUGCAAUGAAUUCGGCAAGUAUAAAAUGCUGGCCUUGCUCAGAAAGCUUAUAUUUUAUAUGCAAGGUCAAUAAAGGUAAUGAAAUUUACUAA